GUGGGGCAGUGGAGCAGCCGUGGGCCUCCGCGGGCCGUGACCCCGGGAUCUGGCGCGGGGUGGGGCCGUGGAGGGGGGCAGAUUUGCGCAAAAUGUGCCGGGGCUGCGCGGGAGAGGAGCAGCGGCCGCGCUGAGCCAGCAGCUCUCCCGCGACCCCCUUCUGCUGGUGACUGGGGCUGAGAGGAGGGAGAGGAGCACCCCAGAGCCCAGUCCUAGCCAUGAGCCACCGGAUCCUGCUGCUCCUGGCCGCGCUGACCCUGGGCCUGGCCACCUCCCAAUACCGAGACAAGGUGCCCUGUAAGAUGGUAGACAAGGAGGUCUUGUGCCACGGUCUUGGCCUGCUCCAGGUCCCCUCGGUGCUCCCGCUGGACGUCGAGGCCCUCGACCUAUCUGGAAACCAGCUGCAGAGAAUCCUGGCCUCCCCCCUGGGCUUCUACACAGCACUGCGGCACCUGGACCUGAGCUCCAAUGAGAUCAGCUUCGUCCAGACGGGGGUCUUCCAGGCCCUGCCCCACCUGGAGUGCCUCAACCUGGCCCGUAACCGCCUGGCAGCGGGCACUAUGCCAAGCACCCCUGGCCUGGGCCCCCUGCCCCAUGUGACAUCUCUGGACCUGUCGGGGAACAGCCUGUACAGCGGCCUGGUGGAGCGGCUGCUGGGGGAGGCCCCUGCCCUGCGCACCCUCUCCCUGGCCGAGAACAGCCUGACUCGCCUGGCCCGCCACACCUUCCGAGCCACACCUGCGCUCGAGUGGCUGGACCUGCACAGCAACGUGCUCAUGGACAUUGAGGACGGCGCCUUCGAGGCCCUGCCGCACCUGGCCCACCUCAAUCUCUCCCGGAACUCCCUCACCUGCAUCUCUGGCUUCAGCCUCCCACAGCUGCGGGUGCUUGACCUGAGCUGCAACAGUAUUGAGGCCUUCCAGACGGCCCCAGAGCCCCAGGCCGAGUAUCAGUUGGCCUGGCUUGACCUGCGGGAGAACAGACUGCUCCACUUCCCUGACCUGGCCGCGCUCCCAAGGCUCAUCUACCUGAACGUGUCCAACAACCUCAUCCGGCUCCCCGCAGGGCCGCCCCAGGGUGGCGAGGGCCUCCAGGCGCCUUCGGAGGGCUGGUCCGCCCUGCCCUUCUCGAACCCCAGCCGGAACUCCAGCGCCCAGCCCCUCUCCCAACUCUUGAACCUGGACUUGAGCUACAAUGAGAUCGAGCUGGUCCCUGAGGGCUUUCUUGAGCCCCUGACCUCCCUCCGCUUCCUGAAUCUCAGCCGAAACUGCUUGCGGGCCUUGGAGGUGCGGCGUGCGGGCUUCGCGCCUUGCCUCGUGCACCUGGACGCCAGCCACAACGCGCUGGAGACGCUGGAGCUGGCCACCAGAGCCCUGGGGUCUCUGCGGACCCUGCUCCUGCAGGACAAUGGCCUGCGGGCCCUGCCCGCGUACACUUUUGCCAGCCUGGCCAGCCUGCAGAAGCUUAACCUGCAGGGGAACCGGCUCAGGCCUUGUGGGGGGCCCGGCGAGCCUGGCCCCUCGGGCUGCGUGGCCUUCUCUGGCCUCUCCUCCCUCCGCAUCCUGAACCUGGCGGACAACGGGAUGGAGACGCUCCGGCCGGGUGCCUUCCUCCACACGCCGCUUACGGAGCUGGACCUCUCUGCCAACCCGGGGCUGGAUGUGGCCCCGGGCGCCUUGGCGGGUCUGGAGGCCUCCUUGGAGGUCCUGGCCCUGCAGGGCAACGGGCUGGCCAUCCUGCAGGUGGACCUGCCCUGCUUCCGCUGCCUCAAGCGACUCAAUCUUGCCGAGAACCGCCUGAGCCGCCUGCCUGCCUGGACCCAGGCUGUGUCACUGGAGGUGCUGGACCUGAGGAACAACAGCUUCAGCCUCUUGCCAGGCAGUGCCAUGGGCGGCCUCGAGACCAGCCUCCGGCGCCUCUACCCGCAGGGGAACCCGCUGAGCUGCUGCGGCAACGGCUGGCUGGCGGCCCAGCUACACCAGGGCCGCGUGGACGUGGAUGCCCCCCAGGACCUGACCUGCCGCUUCGGCUCCCAGGAGGAGGUAUCCCUGAGCCACGUGCGUCCUGAGGACUGUGAGAAGGGCGGGCUCAAGAAUGUCAACCUCAUCAUCAUCCUCACCUUUGCGCUGGUCUCUGCCGUCCUCCUCACCACCCUGGCCACCUGUUGCUGCGUCCGCCGGCAGAAGUUCACCCAGCAGUACAAAGCCUAGAGAAGCCAGAGGCCGCCGAGCAGCUCGGCCGGGAGCCCUUCCGGGUCAGCUGGGGAGCCUGAGACAGACAGGGGCGGGGACCGACCCAAAGUCACGGGGUCUGAGAACCCUGCCCUCUAAAUCCUAGCCCGGGGCUCCUUUCCCCAUAUGCUGCCGUACUGGUAGGUGACCCGCUUCCCAGGCCACACGUGUGGUCCAGCUGUGGAAGCCGGAAGUCGGGCAGUUUCAGGAGUGACAGAAAAUAAGGUUGACCUCUCCGGUCUACAAAUCUUCGCCAGGCAUCUGGUUUUCGUCACAUCCUGCCCUGAGCACUGGGGACGCCGGGUGACCGAGACACAUCGCUGCCCUCAGGCAUCGCCCAGCCCUGGUGGGGAGGUGGUCGCAAAGCCACGUGGUGACCACACGGAGGCUGGAAGUCCUCCGGAGCUCUGCAGCCCCAGCCGGCUGACUCGUGGGGAGUCCUCCCUCCAGCAGGGCCGGAGCAAAGGAGGGGUGAGACCAAGAAGACUUGUCUGAGAUGGUUCCAAGCAGACUGUGGGUCACAUCUUCUGAUAAUGACUUUCAGCCUGUCUGGAACAUGAAGAGCUUGUGACCGGAAGAGAGCUGGAGCCGCGUGAAUAGGUCUCGGAUCCAGCCAUUAGGCGGGCUGCAGCGGCCCCCGCAGGGCCUGGUUCAGAGGCGGCAGCCCUGGGUGCUGGCCCAGUGCUAGAGCAUUCCAUUUCCUGCUCCAAGCAGCCUCUUUCCCCACCUGGCACGCUCGUGGCGCCCACGCUAGCCCCAACGCUGCUCCAGCCCCCCGGUUCCCCAUGCGGACGUGCCGUUCCAUCCCAGCCCCCGCUGGCUGGCGAGCCAGGAGUUAGAACCGUACAUAUCUGGUUCUAUUUUGCACCCGGCUUGGCGGCUAUGACACGUCUGCCUCUUUAUGACUACCCUCUGAGGUUGGUAUUUUAUUCCAUCUUACCAAAAAAGCUCUGAAACCCUCCUUUCAGGGUCCUCCGGCUAAGAAAUGACGUAAAUGAGAUGCAGCCUCAAAUCCUCCUGUCCCCAGGGCCUGACCUUUGCCACUGUGGGGGCAGGGGACUGUUAGGUGGACAGGAAGUGGACCCACAUUGAGGGCACAGGGCCUGAGGGCCAUCCUGUGCUAUACAUACCCACCUACUCCUCUCCCUCCUCUCUCCUAGGCAGGCAGACACGGGUCCCCUCCUCCUCCUCUGCCUCAGUUUCCCUUACUCCCUCCUUUGCAGACUGGUGUGUAUUCACCUCUUUCUGUUUUGCUCUUGCGUUCCCUCUUCCUCCAUUGAGCAAAGCCUGGAGUUUGAGACCAUUGACUCCAACCUCCCCGUUGCACAGACAGGGAAACCGAGGCUGGGGAAGAGAAUGGAACUUGCU